AUGAAGACCCAUCUGUACCUUCUCCUGCUGGCUGCAGGCAUCUCUGCUGCUCCCCAGAUGAGCAGCUUGGCUGAAUUACUGACCUUACUGCAGCGAAUGCACGGCUCCAUGGCAAAGGAUGUUCAGAAUCUGAGGAUUGAAACUCCAGACAAUAUAGAUGAUGUGAAUUGUGUCAGCACAAUCUUUGAAGGAAUGGAACUGCUGAAAACUAAUCCAGCCAUGAAAAAAUUCAGCAGUGUUUUCCAGAAAUUUGAAAGACUGAAGCAAUCGCUCGCACCAAACCUGGCAAAAGAGGGGAACUGUGAUACAGAAAGAAGGAAUGCAACAGUGUUCAUAGAGAAGCUGAUGACAUUCAUCCGAAAAGCAUUAAAAAACGCAAGAGCGUAG